UACUGUCUGUGAGUUGUGGGUAGUGUCGGGUCAAAUAGUGUCAUUUUAUGUGAAUUCUGUUCUCUGUUCCAAGUAAGUCGGUUCGGUAAACGCGAUCAAUUCUCGCGCGAACCUUGCUACUUUGAAAAGAGAAUUUCAUCGUUUUGAAAAAAUUUGUAAUCAUGGGUGUGGAUGUCGAAGUUCUGAGUCCUGGUGAUGGUCAAACCUAUCCAAAGACUGGGCAAACAGUAGUUGUACAUUACACAGGUACUCUUGACAAUGGAAAAAAGUUCGAUUCCAGCAGAGAUCGCGGUGUGCCAUUUAAGUUCAAAAUUGGUAAAGGUGAAGUAAUCAAAGGUUGGGACCAAGGAGUCGCGCAAAUGUGCGUUGGGCAAAGGGCUAGACUAACCUGUUCUCCAGAUUAUGCUUAUGGCAGUCGAGGACAUCCUGGAGUUAUUCCGCCAAAUGCUGUUCUCAUUUUUGAUGUGGAAUUACUGAAAGUGGAGCCUUGAAAUACCUCUUAGAAUGUACCAAACUGACCAAAUGCAUUUCAAUACAAACAAAAAAAAAUAAAAACAAGCAUCAAAUUGUA